AUGGGCAAUGAAGCCAGCCUGGAGGGGGGAGCCGGGGAAGGGCUGUUGGCGGCGGGCGGCCCCAGCCCCAGCCCUGGCCCCGGCCCCAGCCCCGGCCCCGGCCCCGGCCCCGCGGUGGGGAAGGCGCCUUCAGCACCAGGAGGCGGACAGCUCCCCUCGUCUGGUGCUGCGCGAGCGGUCGCAGCCCAGCAGCCACCAGGUCCGGGUCCGGGCCCCGGGCCCGGCCCCGGCCCCACUGCCGACACGGCCAGUAUGUCGAGAAGAUUAGAUCCUAAAGACCGCCUGGACAGUCAGAGAGCAACUUCCCCCACCCUAAAGCAGGCCAGUGCUCAUAGCCAUGAAGGCCGCCGCCGGGAGAUGAGGACUCAUGGACAGGCCAGCCAGCAGGUGGAUGGCCCCCAUCGGACACUCCAAGUGGACAGCAGGAUGCAGAGAUCAGGCCGAUCUCCCUCAGUGUCGCCAGAUCGAGGCAGCACUCCAACAUCUCCUUAUUCAGUACCCCAAAUUGCACCCCUCCCAAGUAGCACCCUCUGUCCUAUAUGCAAGACAACAGAUCUCACCUCUUCUCCCAACCAGCCAAACUUCAACACCUGUACACAGUGUCACAACAAGGUCUGCAACCAGUGUGGGUUCAACCCUAACCCUCAUCUUACAGAGGUGAAAGAAUGGUUGUGUCUGAAUUGCCAGAUGCAGAGAGCUUUGGGGAUGGACAUGACUACCGCACCUCGUUCCAAAAGCCAGCAGCAGCUGUACUCGCCUUCCCUUUCUCCUGCUCACUCCCCAGCCAAACAGCCCCAGCCCCAGCCCCAACCCCAACCCCAACCCCAGCACCAGUCCCAGCCCCAACCCAAGCCCCAACCUCCAGCACAGGCACAGGGGAAGCCUGAGCCAGAGAAAAUCCCUGGAACCACACAGCCCGGGCUCCAGCAGGGGCCUGGUGUCCGGCAGGCUGAAGUAACCAGAACUCCUGGGGUACUAGGGCAGCGGGAAGCCCAAAGCCAAGGACAGACCAGACCUGCUGGGCCUCAAGAAACAGGAAGGAUUUCCCCUCAUCCUUCUCCAGCCAAGGGGGUAACUCCAACCUCUGGGCCUGGGGCUCAAGAACAAGCCCAAGAAGGACUCACUGGGAAGCUUUUUGGCUUUGGGGCCUCUCUGCUGACUCAGGCCAGUACACUUAUGUCUGUCCAGCCAGAGGCCAGUCCACAAGGCCAGCCUUCUCCCAGCAAAGGGCCCCCUAAGAUUGUCUUCAGUGAUGCCAGCAAGGAAGCAGGGCCUAAACCUUCAGGGACUGGACCUGGACCUGGGACUGCACGGGGACCUGGGCCAUCACCUGGGUCUGGACCUGGGCCUGGACCUGGGGCUGGGCCUGGACCAGGGGCAGGAUCUGGAGUUGGCCCUGGAGCUGGUCCUAAAGCUGGGCCAGGACCUGGGGCUGGGCCCAGGCCUGGCGUUGGGGUUGUACCUAAACCUGGCCCUGGCCCUGCUUCUGGGUCUAAACCUGAGCCUGGGCCAGGAUCUGGAGCUCUUGGUCGACCAGCAGGAGCACCUAGUCCAAAGCAAAGUAAAGCUGAACAUCAGACUGCUCCCAAGGCUGUCCCCAAGCCAAAGGAAGUGCCGAAGGAAAAGAUCACCUGCCCACUAUGCCAGGCUGAACUCAAUGUGGGCUCGCGGGAGCCACCCAACUACAACACGUGUACCACCUGCAAGCGACAAGUGUGCAAUCUGUGUGGCUUCAAUCCCACUCCGCAUUUGGUGGAGAAAAAUGAGUGGCUGUGUCUGAACUGCCAAACACAGAGGCUGCUGGAAGGAAGCCUUGGUGACCCAGCCCCCGUGCCCCUGCCUACCCCAAAGCAGACACCAACAAGUUCACCACGACACCAAGCUGGCCCAUCCCCUCAAAAGCAGAAAGGACCACCUGCCCCAGGCCCAGGUCAACAGCCCACGGGGCCCCCUCACACCUCUCCCAGCCUACAGACCAAACACCUCAGGGCAUCUGAACCCAGCAAGCCCCCAAGUGUCCCCCCGGAGAAGAAACCCAGCGGCCCAGCCGAAGCCAAACAAGUGCCGAAGCCAUCUCCUCUGCCAACUGCGCUCAGUGAGGCCCCAAAGACAAAGGAUGGGCCCAAGAGGGCGGAACCACUUCCUGCAGACAGCAAAGUCGGGUCCAUCACUGAAACACCAAGAGGGAGUGAGCAUGAGGACUCAAGCAAGCCUUAUUCCCAGGACCUGUCCCGGAGUCCUCAGAGCCUCAGUGACACUGGCUACUCGUCCGAUGGGAUCUCCAGCUCCCAGAGUGAGAUCACAGGGCUCGUGCAGCAGGACGAGGAGCAGCUGAACACCGCCGGGGUGGUCAAGCCCAGCCCGCCCAGCCCCUCCGAGCUCAACAAACUAGAAAGCAGCAUGCGGCCCCUCCUGGAGGCUCAGGGAGGCACCCCAGGGGAGCAGGCCAAGGCCCGGCCCUCACUGCGAGAGGAGCCAAAGCAGAGGCAGAGGCCUCGCUCCCUCUCCAUCACCCCCGAGGCGUUUGACUCUGGAGAAGAACUGGAGGAUAUCUUGGAAGAGGACGAAGACUCUCUUGAGUGGGAGAACCAGAGAGACCCGAGAGACACGGCCGAGUCCUCAGAUGACUUUGGCAGCAAGCUGCGCCAUGACUACGUGGAAGAUAGCAGCGAGGGUGGGCUAUCUCCCCUCCCGACACGGCCUGCAGGCAGAGACCCCGAGCUCCCAGAUGAAGACUUCAUGAGGAGGCAGAUUUUAGAGAUGAGCGCAGAGGAGGACAACCUGGAGGAGGACGACGCUGAAUAUGACCGGGCCAAGUACAGCCUGAGGAAGACCAGCUCCAAGCCAGGCUCAGAACAGGGCCAGGAGCCCACGCCCCCCAAGAGGCGGCUGCCCCACAAUGCCACCACGGGCUAUGAGGAAGAGCUGAAGGACACAGGUGCCCCCGAGCCUGAAGAUGCAGCAGCCCUGCAGGGGGGCCUGCGCCGCUUCAAGACCAUCGAGCUCAACAGCACCAACAACUAUGGGCGAGAGAUGGAGAUGAGCCAAGAGGCAGACAUCAGCCUGGACAGGGAGCCCGAGCUAGAGAUGGAGAGCCUGACGGGCUCCCCCGAGGACCGGUCCAGAGGAGAGUAUUCCUCCACGCUGCCUGCCACCACCCCCAGCUAUACCUCGGGCACCUCCCCCACGUCGUUGUCCUCCCUGGAGGAAGACAGUGACAGCAGCCCCAGCCGCCGCCAGAGGCUGGAGGAGGUCAAGCAGCAGAGGAAAGCCCGGCACCGUUCCCAUGGGCCCCUGCUCCCCACCAUCGAGGACUCCUCGGAGGAGGAGGAGCUCCGAGAAGAAGAGGAGCUGCUCCGGGAGCAGGAGAAGAUGCGGGAGGUGGAACAGCAGCGCAUCCGCAGCACGGCCCGCAAAACCAAGCGGGACAAGGAGGAGCUGCGGGCCCAGCGGAGGCGGGAGCGCUCCAAGACUCCCCCUAGCAACCUGUCGCCCAUCGAGGACGCAUCGCCCACCGAGGAGCUGCGGCAGGCUGCCGAGAUGGAAGAGCUGCACCGCUCAUCCUGCUCUGAGUACUCCCCCUCCCCCUCGCUGGACUCCGAGGCUGAGGGCUUCGAGAUGGGCACCUCCAAGCUCUACAAGUCUGGCAGUGAGUACAACCUGCCCACCUUCAUGUCCCUCUACUCCCCAACUGAAAAGGUAUCCAGCAGUGCCAGCUACUCCUCUGGCAAGCCCUUGAAGAGCGCAGAGGAGGCCUACGAGGAGAUGAUGAGGAAGGCUGAGCUGCUUCAGAAGCAGCAGGGCCAGCAGGCCCAGCCCGGUGGCACCUAUGGCAGCUCCCGGGGCACCGACCGAGGCCAGGGCAGCUUUGAAUACCAGUACAUCGAAGACUACGACUACGUGUCCAGUCAGCUGGGCUCCUCCCAGCCCCACUAUGAGCCCGAGGCUGCCGACGCUGGCGCCGUGUAUGAGGAGAUCCUCCAGACGUCUCAGAGUAUAGCCAGGAUGCACCAGGCCUCUUCCCAAGACCUGGCUUUCCAGGAGGAGAAGAAGGCUGCAGAAGGCACUUAUCAGGAGAAGCAGUUUCUGAACACAGAGAGUGCUUACAGUGAGCUGAUGAGGCAGAAUGGCGGUCCUCUCACCCCUGGCACCAGCCCCACGCAGCUCGCAGCCCCCAUGUCCUUCUCCUCAGACAGCGGGGGAAGCCGGCUUAUUCCCGACGUCCGAGUCACCCAACAUUUUGCGAAAGAGCCUCAGGAUGCCCUCAAGCUUCUCAGCUCCCCUGCUUCUCCCAGUGCUGCUCUCAAGGGAGUGACAACUCCUUUCACUUACAGCAAAGGAACCCCUUCAGUCACAACUGUGGCUUCCAGUACAGCCAGCAGACCACGUGUUUACACGGCUGCGACGGCCCCUGCCGGCCCAGAACCCCAGCUCCCUACCACGGCAAGCUACGGCUCCCAGACUGAAGACAUGCCCCAGGCUCAGGGGCUCCCUGACACCUCUGGGCUACCUGCAAGAGACAGGCUUCCCAGCGUGAGUGAUGGCAAGAUUAUUGUUCCAUCAUCAAAAGUCUAUCCCGGCUUCAAGAGCUCCAGCCCACCCCUUUCUCCUACCUCUCCGAUGGAAGGUCUCCCCUCUGCAAUCAGCAGAGUGGGGCCCAAGGCUACUGCAGAGUUCUCAACCCAGACCCACGGCCCGCUUCUCCCCUCUGACAUCCCCAGGAGCCCCAUCUCCUCCACCCCGUCCUCCAUGGUCGCUCAGGGCACUCAGACUCCACACCGCUCCAGCUCGCCCCGCCUCACCAGGCAGCAGUCUUCUCAAGAAUCUCCUUUCAUGGUCAUCACCUUGGCCUCAGACGCAGCCAGCCAAACCAAGCUGGUCAAUGCUGGUUCUUCCAUGUCACCGGACUCGUCUCCAACCAGACACCAACCUACCAUUCACAGCUAUAGUCAGUCAGUACAGGUCAAUGGAGCCCAGUUCCAACAGGAGCAGCCCCUGCACGGCUUCCCCAAGAGUGAGAGAACCCCCACUUCGAGUGCCAUCAUCCCCACGAAUGCCGCAAAGGGGCACGUGGCCCCAGCUAUGGAUGGCGCAGCUGCUCUCUACGGCUGGGGCUCCCUGCCUGCCGAGAACAUCUCUCUGUGCCGGAUCUCCUCAGUCCCUGGGACGUCCCGGGUGGAACCAGGGCCCAAACCACCGACUAGUUCUGCGGUGGACCUGCGGACCACUAUGAAAUCCACCCCGAUCAUCAUCACUGACCAAGGCAUGGACCUGACUUCCCUGGCUGCUGAGGCCAGGAAGUACUGUCUCACCUUAGACCAGUCUGCGGGGCGGCAGUCCACCACGGUGCAGCCUCUCAUCAUCAACCUCAACGCCCAGGAGCACACCCACACCUUCAUCGGCACCUCCACCACCGUCAGCAUCACCGUGGCCUCCUCCAUGCUUGUGUCUCAGCCAAAGCAACCCGUGAUCUAUGGGGACCCUUUCCAGAACCGACUGGACUUUGGACAAGGGACUGGAACCCCCGUGUGUCUGACCCAGGUUAAGCAUGUGGAGCAGGCUGUGCAGACUGGCCCCUACCAAGGAGGGCCCCGGGGAAAGCCCAAAGAAGCCCAGCAAACCAAAUUUGCCCGGUAUAACCUGCCCAACCAGAUGGCCCCUUUGGUUAAAAAAGACAUUCUAGUGACUCAGAUGAGUGCCGCCCAGAAUGUCAGCAUCAAGCCGUACCCCGUGGAGCCCAGUGCCGAGGCCUACCGCGGGGUGCCCGCAGAGCUCAAAGCGCACGGCAUGCCCACGCACCUGGCGGGGAAGAAACCUCACAUGAUGAUGGUGCAGAUGGACGACAUGACGGCCGGGGCCGUGACCAAGCUGGUCAAAGAAGAACCCGCCAGUGCUUUGGACCUCACCGGAAUCAAACCCGAGAGCCAAGUGGCUUGCUGCGACGUCGUCUACAAAUUUCCUUUCAGCAGCAGCUGUACUGGGACUUUCCAUCCCUCCUCCAAGAUGCCCGAGAAAAACAUGGUGGACGCAGCCCAGCCCGGCCAGGGCACCGUUCCCUUCUACGGGCCCCGGGAGCAGGACCUUCCUGAGCCGGCCCCAUACAGGGAACAGGCCACAGCAGGCCCCAGGCUCUACGAGGAGCAGAAACUCUAUUCCCACGGCCUUAUGGGAAGGCUUUACUCCUCCAUGUCCGACACCAACCUGGCCGAGGCCGGGAUGAAUUAUUACCCACACAAAAGCGACCAGUUCUUCCACCCCCCCGGGGGAGACUCUGCCAUGGACCUCACAACCAUGAAGCAUUCCUACAGCAUCGGCUUUGACGGCCGCUACCUGGCCCAGGGGAUGCAGUACGGCUCCUUCACAGACCUGAGACAACCCCCGGACUUGAUGGGCCACCCCUUCCCCAUGAGAAGGUACAGCUCGGCGUCCAACAUCUACUCCGAUUAUAGGUACUCGCCCCGAGGAGACCUGUCGGGCUUCCAGGAGUCCAGCCUGGCUCAGUACAGCGCCACCACGGCCCGGGAGAUCAGCCGCAUGUGCGCGGCCCUCAACUCCAUGGACCAGUACGGGGGCCGGCACGGCAGCAGCCCAGAGCUCCUGCAGUACGGCCCCAGGCCCGGGCCCGGAGCCGGCGCCCAGCAGGGCCUGGCGGCCAUCAAGCCCAACAUGAUGGUGAACCCCAACUUCCCCGAAGGCCGGCAGAGCUUCGGGAAGCUGGCCCAGUACAACCCUGCCACCGGGCAGGGCGGAGGGGCCAUCAGACAGCUUUUCCCUUCUACGGCAACUGUGCGCGCAGCCGACGGAAUGAUCUAUUCUACCAUCAACACACCCAUUGCCUCCACUCUUCCCAUCACCACCCAGCCGGCGUCGGUGCUCCGGCCCAUGGUUCGAGGCAUCUAUAGACCCUACGGCCCGGGGACCGUUACCCCUGUGCCUCUUGCCAGCCUGACUCGAGUCCCGGUGGUUGCCCCUCGGGUGCCCCUCGUGCCCCAGGGGCUGUAUCGCUAUCCCCCUCCGGGCAGAUUCCCGGCCCUCACCACGGCGCCUGGGAUGGAAGGGCCCCUGUACCUGGGGAAGGCAGGCCCAGCCACCAGCGGAGCCGGGAGCGGCGUACCCCCCGGGCCCUCCGGGAAGCCGGCAGCAGCAGCAGCAGCCGGGGGCCUCCAGAGGACCGAGCAGCCCACGGGAAGCACUCGAGAAGAGCCCCCCCCGGCAGGCCCAGGGGCAGCCAAGGAGGCAGGCCCGACCCCGGCCCACCCGCCCGGCCAGAAGCAGCCAGAAGCGAGCCCGGCGGUGCUCGUGGGCAAGGCGGGGGCUGCCGAGAAAGAAGAGAAGGAGGAGGAGAGGCAGAGGAAGCAGCAAGAGCACAUGCUGCAGAUGGAGCGGGAGCGCGUGGAGCUGGAGAAGCUGCGGCAGCUGCGGCUCCACGAGGAGCUGGAGCGGGAGCGCGUGGAGCUGCAGCGGCACCGAGAGAAGGAGCAGAUGCUGGUGCAGAGGGAGAUCCAGGAGCUGCAGACCAUCAAGCACCAAGUCUUACAGCAGCAGCAGGAGGAGCGCCAGGCCCAGUUCGCCUUGCAGCGGGAGCAACUGGCCCAGCAGCGCCUGCAGCUGGAGCAGAUCCAGCAGCUACAGCAACAGCUGCAGCAGCAGCUGGAGGAGCAGAAGAGGCAGAAGGCCCCGUUCCCGCCGGUGGGUGACCCCUCCGGGAGACUGGCCCCCCAGGCUGUCACGGAGAUGGCCCUGGAAAUGCAGCGCACCAUGGCUCCCAACGGCCACUACUGGCCUCCCAUCAACCAGGCCUUCAUGGCCACGGCGGCCGUGGGGAUGGAAGGGCAGCCGAGGGAGCCGGGGCCACCCAGGCCCCUCACCAACUCGGCCUCUGACAUGUCUCUGCAGACGGACGAGCACUGGGAGGCCGGCAGGGGCCUCAAGAAGAGGCAUUCGAUGCCCCGUCUCCGGGACGCCUACGAGAUGGAGGAGACCCAUGAGCAGCCCUACGUGGUCAAGAAGAUCACGGACAGCAGCGUGCAGACGGACGAGGAGGACGGAGAAGAGAGGUACUUCAUGUCCCGCAGGCGCCGCACGCGACGGAGCACAGACUGCAGCGUCCAGACCGACGACGAGGACAACGCCGAGUGGGAGCAGCCCGUCCGCCGGCGCCGCACACGCUUCUCACGCCACGCGGACUCGGCUCCAGACAGCAAGCACGAGGCCUCUUCCUCCUCCCCCAGGGGCAAGUCCAGCGUCGGCAUUCAGACCAUCAGCGACUGUUCGGUACAGACGGAGCCCGAUCAGCUGCUGAGGGUCUCGCCUUCCAUUCACAUCACCACCCCUGACCCCAAAGUGGAGAUCAUCAAAUACAUUUCGGCCCCAGAGAAGACUCAGAAGGGAGAAAGCCUCGCGUGCCAGACGGAGCCGGAAGCACAGACCCAGGGGAUCGUGGUGCCUCAACUUACCGGGCCGGCAGCCAUCACCCCCUACACCCCUAGCAUUCAGAUCGUCACGACUGGACCCUUGGAGCCCAGGCAGCAGGGGCUUGGGAAAUUUGAGAAGAAGAAGCCGGACCCCUUAGAGAUCGGUUACCAGGCUCAUCUGCCUACCGAGUCCCUCUCCCAGCUAGUAACCCGCCAGCCACCCAAGUCCCCUCAGGUUCUCUACUCGCCUGUCUCUCCUUUGUCCCCACACCGGCUCCUGGAAUCCUCCUUUGCUUCCAGCGAGAGAUUAAACAAGGCCCAUGUUACACCACAGAAGCAUUUCACUGCCGACAGCGCCCAGCGCCAACAGACCGUGCCUCGCCCCAUGAAAACCAUGCAGAGGUCCUUGUCGGACCCCAAGCCCAUCAGCCCCACUGCCGAAGAGUCAGCCAAAGAGAGGUUCUCCCUCUAUCAGCAGCAGGUCCUCCAGGGCAGUCAGAUGUCAGCAUUUCAGGCUAACACCCUAAUUCGAAAAGUGAAGCGGACGCUGCCCAGCCCCCCUCCAGAGGAAGCACAUAUGCCCCUCCCAAGCCAAGCACACUCCCAGAUGUACCUAGCCGGCCUCCUCCAGAAGGGCCUGGCGGGGCCCCCCGUCCAGGUGACCAAAGCCAGCCUACUCAAGGAACUGGAUCGGGACCUCAAGCUUGUGGAGCACGAGUCCACAAAGCUGAGGAAGAAGCAGGCAGAACUGGAUGAGGAGGAAAAGGAGAUUGAUGCCAAGCUCAAGUACCUGGAGUUAGGAAUCACCCAGAGGAAGGGGUCCCUGAUGAAGGACCGGGUUGGCCGAGAUUACCCCUAUCUUCGGUGCCUUGGGGAAAACCGUGACUACAUGUCUGAUAGUGAGCUCAACAAUUUACGACUUGCCGGUUAUGAGAGCGGCACCGUCCAUGUGAGACCAAGCACAGCUCCGACCAAUCAGUACUCUGACUUUUCAGCCACUCAAUACACCUCAGCCUCCUCCUACCCUCCCUAUCAGUACCCACCGGGGCAGGGUCCUCCUCCUCCCCCUACAGCCUUCCAACACACCCGUUUCCAGCCUCCCCAGUACCCCGUGGGUGUUGCUGGUCCUGCUCAAAAUGGCUUUCAAGCCAGCCAGGUAGCUGCCUACCCACCUCAAAGCACAUACCCAGCACCUGCCUACCCUCCAAGUGCAGGAUACCCGGCUGAACACGGUCUCCCAGGCCAACAGAACUUCCGCCCUGCUCCUCCCCACUACCAGCCCCAGACGACUUACCCGGGCCAAAUGCCCCACCCAGCCCCUCAAAACGCCCUCUACCCAGACCCAGCUGACAGUCACGCCUCCCAUCAGAAGCCACGACAGACCUCCCUCGCUGACUUAGAACAGAAGGUCCCUACAAACUACGAAGUGAUUGCGAACCCCCCAACUGUAAUGUCUUCAGCCCCUUCAGAGCCCACGUACAGUGCGCCGGCAGUGACCAGCACCUAUGACCAGUACAAGGCCCCGGAGCCCCCCCGGCCCGGUGACCGAGGUGGCGUGAGCCAGAGCCCUGUGCCUGCUUACUCUUCUGAAUCGCUGUACACCAACCUGGAGCAGAACAUUCCUAGGAACUAUGUGAUGAUCGACGACAUCAGUGAGCUGACCAAGGACAGCACACCCUCAGCAGUGGAGAGUCAAAAGCCAGAGCCCCGGCCCCAAGGCAGUAACGGGCGGCAUGUGAAGGACAAAAGUGACCUGGGAGAGCCCGAAGGCCCCAGCGUUCCCUGCUGCUACUCCAAAGGGGAAGAAGAGUCGGAGGAGGAUGUCUAUGAUCACCAUGGCACUGACCAUCGAGGGAAGAGCAGCUAUCACCGGAGCUCAGAGAGCAAUGGGAGGAUGUCAGGCAGUGGAGGGGGGUCCUCCUACUACUAUGGGGAGAGUGACUAUAGGCACUCAUCUCGGCCAGAGAAACACGGCUCCAGCAUGGGAGGGCCCAAGCAUUCUUCUAAGAACCUGGCCCCCGCUGUCAUCUCGUCCAAGCGCAGUAAGCACAGGAAACAAGGCAUGGAGCAAAAGAUCUCCAAGUUCUCACCCAUAGAAGAAGCCAAAGACGUUGAAUCUGAUCUGGCCUCCUAUCCCACGACCACCUCAGUCAGCAGUAGCAUGUCCUCAAGAGGGAAGAAGUUUCAAGAUGAAAUCACCUAUGGCCUUAAGAAGAAUGUGUAUGAGCAGCAGAAAUACUAUGGAGUAUCAAGCAGGGACCUGGUAGAGGAAGAUGACCGGCCCUAUGGUGGUGGCAGGUCCAGAUCAUCAGCAAGUUACGGCAGCGACAAGUCCAGCCAUGAUAUGAGCAGCCGAAGCAAGUCCUACGAACGAGAACGAGACAGCAUGGAGAGGUUACAGAAAACCAGCUCAAAGCCAUCCUCCCUGAGCAUGUCUCAGAGCCGAGGACGCCCCCCCAUGCGUAGCCAGGCCUCUGAAGAAGAAAGCCCCAUCAGUCCUUUGGGAAGGUCUAUGGGAGGACCCCGCUCCUCCGGGGGGCCUCUUCCUCCCGGGGCUGGGGAUGGCUGUUCUCCGUUCUGCUCCAGUCACUCUUUGCCUGAUGUCCAGGAACACAUCAAAGAUGUGCCAAGGACCCAUUCCUACAAGCACGAGGAAGGCUACAUCCUGGAUGAUUCCCACUGUGUGGUCUCAGAUAGUGAAGCUUAUCACUUGGGUCAGGAGGAAACAGACUGGUUUGAUAAGCCCAGAGAAGCCCGUUCAGAAAGGCUCAGACAUCAUGGUGGCCACUCCUCAUCCUCCUCCUCCCAGAAAAGACCCCCUGUCAAACAUACUUAUCAUGACUACGAUGAGCCCCCCGAGGAGGACCUGUGGCCACAUGAUGAGGGACCUCAGGGCCGCCAUUCUUCCAAAGAGCAUCGGCACCAUGGGGACUAUGGCCGCCAUUCCUCGGGGUCUUCAUCUUCCCGCCAUCAAGGUGAGGAGCCUUCUCGAAGGGUCUCGAAGCCACACCCCCGAGACUCAGGCCGCCACGAAGGCAGACCUCACUCCCAGCCUUCUUCCCAGAAGAAGGCCCAGCAGGCUGAUCCAAGAGGCCAGCCAUCCUACCCUAGUUCUCAGUCGGAAUACUCACAGCCAUCCCGCCAGCCAGCGGCCUACCACCAUCCCUCGGAGCCCAAGAAAGCUCAGCGGUCAAUGCAGUCUGGCCCGUCGGCUCAGCCACCCAAGUCUGAGCCUAUGGCCCACUCACAGCCACAGCAGGCCAGGCAGCCCCAGUCAGGACCUUCUCAGCAGCAGCUGCCACCACAGUCAUCCAGGCAGCAACAAUCACGCCAGCCCCCACCACAGCAGCAGCAGACGAGCCAUGGACCACAACCAACACAGUCUCAGACACAGCAGACACCAUCACAGGCUCGGCUGCAGCAGCAGCAGGGCAUGCCAGGGCAGCCUUCCUCCCGGGGCCAACAACCCCCGACUGGACAGCAGGCUGGCAAGGCUAUGCCGGGCCAUCCCCCGUCGGCAGGUGCCCAACCUGCAGGCCCACUGAAAGCUGAACAGCUGGACAGCUCCAAACCCACAGCCAAAGUGCAGCAGCAGCAGCAGCAGCAACAACAGCAACAGCAGCAGGGAAGGGUCCCACAUGCCCAGCCACAAGGGGCCACCACUGCAGGUACAAAAGUAGGAGCAAAGCCUGGGGGAGUCCCACCAGCAUCAGGAGCCCCCACAGGCCAGCCUGGGGCUGAUGGAGAGAGUGUGUUCUCCAAAAUCCUUCCCGGAGGUGCAGCAGAACAAGCAGGCAAACUGACUGAAGCUGUGUCUGCUUUUGGAAAGAAAUUUUCUUCAUUCUGGUGAUCUGUGCUGUAGGACGUUUUGGAAGAUGAAUGGAGAUAAAGUCAUUCCUGUGGAAAAACCUAUGAAGAAACUAAUGGAUUUAACCACAGCCUAGGAC